UAAGUUCAAACUAGACUAGAACUUGUUCUUGUCAUGGCAGAAGAACAUCAAAACUCAGAGUUUAAAGUGCCUCCUCCUACAGACGAGUUGCAAAAUGCCAAGAAAAAUGGGGCGGAUAUUGACGAUGAUGACCACGACUUGUUUAAGUCAGCAAUGGAAUCACCAAUGACAGACACUGAUAGAACAAUUCACGAAGACGAGAUUGACCUGAACGAUGACGAUGAUUUUGAUACGUCCAGCAGCAGCCCAUCAGGGAUGAAUGAUAUUCCUGGUGGUCCUAACAGCGACCCUUCGCCAAUUGAAAGUGAGAAACAUUUCGGAAACCACCUGGAUAGACAAAAUUCAGACUCGACACCACCAAAGUUUUCAAACAACGGAACAAGUUCUUCGCCAAUUGAACCGACUGAGCCUUAUAAAGUGGAAUGCAAUGAAAAACCGGCGGUGGUUGAUUCUGCGGGUACGAGAUCUGAUAAUCACGAUGAUGAAGAUCAAGGAACAGAUCAGUUCCUAGAAGUAUCCGUUACUGAACCACAGAAACAAGGGGAUGGAAUGUCAUCAUUUCUUGUUUAUCGUGUAACUACCAGAACAAAUAUUGCCUUGUUUCGGAGAAAGGAAUUCGCCGUGUGGAGGAGAUUCUCAGACUUUCUUGGCCUUCAUUCCAAGAUGGCUGAUAAAUAUUUGAAAAAGGGACGAAUUGUGCCACCAGCUCCAGAGAAAAAUGUAAUUGGAACUACAAAGCUCAAAAUGUCAGGUCAAGCAGAAAGUUCAUCUGGAGGUCACAAUGCCAAUCAAGCAGGGGACUUUGUUGAAAAAAGGCGUCAUGUUUUGGAACGUUUUCUAAAUCGUAUUGCCGUUCAUCCUUUUCUCAGAAUUGAUCCAGAUUUUAGAGAUUUUCUUGAAAUUGAUUCCGAUUUGCCGAGGUCAACUUCGACCUCAGCAUUGAGUGGUGCUGGCGUUGCGCGGUUCUUCAGUAAAGUUGGCGAAACAAUGAGCAAAAUUUCAUACAAGAUGGAUGAAAAUGAUCCUUGGUUCGAAGAAAAGAUUCAAAACAUUGAAGCUCUAGAAAAUCAGCUACGAAAAGUUCACAAUAGCGUUGAACUUCUUGUUGCAAACAGAAAGGAAUUAGCUCAAUCAACUGGGAUAUUUUCAAAGAGUGCAGCCAUUCUCAGCAACUCUGAAGAACACACAGGAUUGGCUAGGGCAAUGGCUCAGUUGGCAGACGCUGAAGAUAAGGUGGAGCAGAUGCACAAUGAACAAGCCAACCUUGACUUUUUUAUGUUUUCCGAAUUACUUAGGGAUUACAUAGCUUUGAUUGGAUCUGUAAAAGAAGUUUUUCAUGAGCGAGUGAAAGCAUAUCAAGUAUGGCAGCAUUCUCAGCAAACCUUAAAUAAGAAACGAGAACUCAAAGCAAAGUUGGAACUGCAGGUUCGGAAUGACAAAAUUGCUCAAGCUCGGGAAGAAGUUGUUGAAUGGGAGGGGAAAGUUGAGAGGUCGCAAGAGGAGUUUGAAGCCAUUUCAAAAGUGAUAAAAAAAGAAUUGGAGACAUUUGAAAGCGCACGUGUUAGAGACUUUAAGAAAACAAUUAUUAAAUAUUUAGAAUCCCUUCUUACUCAUCAAAAUGAGUUGGUAAAAUAUUGGGAGGCGUUUCUUCCAGAAGCGAAAGCAAUUGCAUGACCAGAUCCCAAAAAUCUCUAAAUUUUUUGGGAAUGAUAAAGAAGAUGCAUAAUUCCUAUGUUAAUUACCAAAUAGACAAAUAUAAUUUCUUUACCUAAGAAAUCAACCACUUCAGAAUCUGCUACCUACCAAUACCCAGUAUCCUACUGAUAUACACAUUAAGAGAUAAUUAAGCAAUUGAACUGAAACAAUACAAUAUUUUUAUGCUUUGUACAUUGUCAGCAAAUUUGAAUAUCUAUUCCAUUUCGUAUAUCAAUCAAUCAGGUCUAUUACAAGGAACGUGGAUAAAUAUGAGGGAGCUAAGGAUAAUCUAACGGUGUGUUUAAGAGUGCAUGUGUGUAUGUAUAUGCAUUUCAGAGUACGAAACUGAUAAGUCAAAUGUGUUGACAUAAUUAAAUAAUAUAUAUAUAUGUGACUAUCAACCCAAACAUUCGCUUCAGUACCUUGUACUACUCUAAAAAAUAUUACCAACAAAUUACAUUGCCAGCUUUAAAUGAUAUAGAAUAUGAAAAAGAUUAUACUUUGUAUCUCACAGUAAAAAAACAUUAAUUGUCAUAAUAAAAAAAUAGAGUUUUGAUGUCAUUCCGUUAAAA